AUGCUGGCAUGGCAGGACGGCGGGGCCAAGGCGGCCCCCUCUCACCACAAGAUCUCCUUCUCGGUCCUGGACAUCUUGGAUCCGCAGAAAUUCACGCGAGCUGCUCUCCCGCCCGUGCGUCUCGCAGCCCUGGAAGCCAAGAAAAGUUUAGUGGAGGUGGAAGCAGGUGAAGACGCCUGCUCCGGGAAUCCAAUCGGGUCACAGGGGACCCCUGAUGCGGUGGGCGGAGGCACUGAUCCUGCGUCCCCGGUGGAGGGCUCUGAGGCGGAAGAGGAGGAAGAAGCUGAGGAUGCCGGGCGCGCGCAGCGGCCAGAGCGCUGGCAGGGGGUCCACGCGGGCUCAUUAGAGGCCCGGGCAGUGGCGGUGGGAACGGAGGAGAGCGGCGCGGAUGGCCUCCCGGCGUCCCCCGGCUCUCCCGGUUCCCCACGGCCUCGACGCCGGCGAGCGGAGUCCAGCUGCGCCAAGCCACGGCGAGCGCGCACCGCCUUCACCUACGAGCAGCUGGUGGCCCUAGAAAACAAGUUCCGAGCCACGCGCUACCUGUCGGUGUGCGAGCGCCUGAACCUGGCGCUGUCGCUCAGCCUCACGGAGACGCAGGUCAAAAUUUGGUUUCAGAACCGCAGGACCAAGUGGAAGAAGCAGAACCCAGGGGCAGACGGCGCUGUGCAGGCGGGAGGCAGUGCGCCUCAGCCUGGGACACCCAACGCGGUGACGGGGGGCGGUGGCAGUGCCACUGGGAGUAGUCCUGGCCCGCCCGUUCCCGGCGCUUUGCCCUUUCAGACUUUCCCCACCUAUCCUGCGACCAACGUCCUCUUCCCUGCCGCCUCCUUCCCGCUGACGACCACCGCCACCGGGAGUCCCUUCACUCCUUUCCUUGGUCCCUCCUACUUGACCCCUUUCUAUGCUCCACACCUAUGAAGCCGGUACUGCUGCUCAGUCAGAAUUCACGAGUGAUCAAGUGUGGUAACGCGGGUCCCCGCUUCACAGAGGGGCACUGACUGCCCCCUCCUGGUGUGCUGGUGACUAUGUACCCCUUCCCUCUAGCUGCUCAUGACACCACCAGAGGGCGAGGAGAAGCCACCUGCUGGACUACAUACAACCACACAAGCCACUGAGGGGUCGAGAAGGUAUCCAGAACAGGUUGUUUAAAAACCUUCCAGCUUCUGGACCUCAUUCUUCUCUUUCAUUUACUCCGAGGGCUCUGCUUUUAAAGUGUCUGUGUAGUCAGUACCAGGUUAAUAAGAGUUCCCGGGAUGGAGGAUGGAGACCGGAGGGAGCCAAGAUGCUCUGGGCACCAGUUGCUAGCACCAAGGACUGAAUCUUUACAGGUUGCAGUACAAACAAAGAGAAGGAAACUUUCCUUCCUGGCGGUGGCAGUGGCUCAGCACAGUACUCCCAAAUCCUGAACAAAGCUGGAGAGAAACUCAAAGCAGAUGCAACUGUUUU